AUGUCAGCCGCAAGAUCAACGAUAGGAACCACAUUUAAAAGGUUUUGGAAUAGUCAAACGGGACCCAAGACAGUUCAUUUUUGGGCCCCCACAUUAAAAUGGAGUCUUGUCAUAGCCGGUUUAAAUGAUAUGCAAAGACCAGUAGAUACUUUAUCUGGAACACAAAAUUUAUCAUUAUUAGCAACCGGGUUAGUUUGGACUCGUUGGUCAUUUGUCAUUACACCAAGAAAUUAUUUAUUAGCUUCCGUAAAUUUCUUCCUAGCGGGGGUAGCAGGGACUCAAAUGACAAGAAUUAUUAAAUAUAGAUUGGAAAAUGGUGAUUCUAAGAUGCAAGUUUUGAAUUAUAUUGUUAAUGGAACCACAUCCAAGAAUAAGGGAGAUAUGAAUAUAAUGACGCAUGAUGAUAAAAGUAGUAAUAAUGUCUUAGUGACACAUUCAUGA